AUGCAACGCAGUCUCGUAAGAGCAUUCCUUCCUCUACAGAAACCCGUUAAGAGACGGGCUCUACGCAAACGGAGACCGGAGGAGGACCAAAUUUACGAUGACUCCGACACGUCCUCCUCGUCCACAUGCGAAGAAGCCGUCUACGAUGCAACCACUGCCAAAGUAGUGGAGUCUGCUGUGCCGAAAGUCGCGGACGAAACACCGCUCGCCGUGUGGACCAAUCGCCUCUCGUGCAUCGAAGAAAAAAGCUGUCUAACCUCUGGCCUUGACUCAUCCAAUGACGAGGAAGACAUUGUUGUUCACUACGGCGACAAUGACGAUGAAGAAGAGCGUCAAGAGAUCAAGGACGACAUUCUGGAGAUCAGGGUUGCCCUUCAGACGAACUCCUCCAUGCCUAUUACCGCGGAAGACGUUGCCGAUUUCGAUCAAGCCCCAAGGUACACCCCCAUAACCGUAGUUGACAUCCCCGAAAAAACUUUGGAACGUCGAAAACCGAGGCACUACAUUUCCGUCCAUGACGAUUGCAAUUCCUGCAAUUCGGGCUACGCCUCUCGACGUGACUCAGAGGAGCCACACGACAUGGUUGUGUGA